AUGUCUUGUCAAAUUAAUUUCCCUGCCAUUGAUCAGUAUCUGCAACUAUCUCAAAGCCACACGGACAUUUACUCAGAAUGUUUAAGGACUUCACCAUAUAUAUCUUCAAGCCCAAUGAAUAUAAAGAAUGAAGACCCUUUCUUGGCAAAUGAAAGCUAUGAGAAAAUGCUGCCACCAAUGAUACCAAUCAGUUAUCAGAAUGUGGAUUCAGUACCUGAUUCCAAUUCCAAUUAUCUCGCCGAGCACUCUCCAGAACUCUUGGAUUUGGAUGACAUGAAACCAGACAUUCUACAUGAUUUUAUACACUCAUCAAAUUCAACUGAUCAUUACAACACAGAUCCAAGAAAUUGGUCAGAAACUGAUGUGAAGAAAUGGGUAUUGACCAAGUUGAACAAUUAUGGCGUCUCUUUGGAUACAGUCUGCUGGAAUGCAAUAAAUGGUAUAGGCUUGUGCUCUUAUAGUAAAGAGGAGCUGAUGACAAAUCUUUGUAACUCAACGGCAGCCGAGAUUAUAUACUCAGAACUAAAGAAAUUAAAGAAUGCCUAUACGAUGUAUGGCUACCCUAUUACUCAGUGGAAAAGACGAGGCAUGAAUCUUCCCAAAAAACAACCCCAUCUUCAGAGGUCUUGUUGUAAGCCAGAUACAAAAAUGAGUGUUCCUAAAACGGCCAUCAGUGAAGUGUGCGUACACAAUUUUGACAAAACAACAGAAUUUCAAAUUCUUGACUGCCCAACGAAUUUUGACUACAACUACUUCCCGCUGCAGAAUACUAUAAUACCCACUCAGAAGCCAGAAACCUUUUACGCUAUCAAGGAUUACCUAAAACGUACGUCCUCUUCCACAGAACAAUACUCAACAAAAUUCAACUCAGACAGUAACGACAGUCUUAGUUCAGUCAGCAUCAGUCCACCACCAAUAACAGAAAACAAAACCAGUUUUAACCAUGCAGAAACAAAAAUUACCAGACACAAACAGAACAUUCAUCUCUGGCAAUUUUUGAAGGAGUUACUGCGGGAAGCCGACAAACAUAAUAAUUGUAUCAGAUGGCUUAGCAACAAAGAUGGCAUUUUCAAAAUCGAAGAUUCUGCUCAUGUUGCUAGGUUAUGGGGUCAGCGCAAGAACCGACCAGCUAUGAAUUAUGACAAACUCAGUCGAUCUCUCCGCCAGUAUUAUAAGAAAGGAAUUAUAAAGAAGACAAUUGCUUCCAAACGGCUGGUUUACCAAUUUGGUGCUUGCUACUUGUAA